CCGUGCAAAUACCCGAUAAUCAAAUACUAGUCGACUUACUCGGAGCCAUGCUGGAAAAGACCUUCCAAUGGACACUUGAUAUGUGCGUAUUGUUGCUGCCUAAGCUGUAUGAUAUGUUGCAGAGUGAGGUCAAAUUCCACUGUGCCCGGGCGUGCGAUACGCUGCGCGACAUCCUGCCCAACUUCCUACCGGUGAUUCGCGAAAACACGGACCCGCUAGGCGCCUGCACGAUCGGUGUCGACGUGAGCCGCGAGGAACGCCAGAAGAAGUGCCUGGAGUGUAAGAGAUGGCUGCUCAUCAUCCGCAGCCUGCCGGAGAACUUGGUCGUCGUUUCCAGUUUCCCGCAGCUGCAGAAUAUGCUCGUGGACAUCUGAUAUUGGUGACACUCGGCGGCAGCGACGGCCCCUCCCUGGCUGCUCACACACUGAAGCAAAUGAAAACGAUGCUGUUUUUUUUUUAAAUAUUUGUAAUAUUUGUUUGUUUUUUUAAAUAAUGGGUGUGUUUGGAGCUAGGUCAAAGUGAGUGCGAAAAGUGCAGCGUUAGGAGAUUUCUAUUUAAAAUAUUUAUUACGAUUUUAUCAGACACUUCAACAACCUAACAGCUGUAACUGAAAACAAAAGAAGCAUUUUGCACCUGCUCAGCCCGCCGCACGUUACGUUAACCAUUAAACGCUACAAAAAAAUUCUAUCAUGAUAACAUACUUACUGGUGCGCGGUGCAGGUUAUGGCCACGCCAAUUGUUGCAAAGGGAACGAGCUGCGCGUAACGUGCAACUUUUCUUAAUAAGACUGAAUAUUGUAGGUGGCGUUGGUGGCCGCAGUCGGCCAGCAGUUACCGGCGUCUAGCAAUAAGGAGAAGCAGACCGGUGAUCAAAAAAAAGAGAGGAAAACAGAAGCAAGUGAUCCGCGAAACUAAUAGACUAUGUAGGAUGCGAUGUGGUUAAACGCGAAAUGGUUUAACGCCCAGAGUCUCGCCGCGGCUGCAAGAGAGCGUCCUGUAGGUGAUCUGAAGUGAAGGAUCCAUCACAAGUGCAUUAGCUAGUUGAGGAGGCCGGGGGAGCUAGUGAGAGUUAGAUAGCAAUAACGUAGACGUAGGGGCACGUGGCUUUUCUUUUCUUCCUCUUCCGCACCAUCACAUCGACAAACACGGCCAGCAGGAGCAGGACUGCCUGUUGUGCCAGGCGUUAACGACGGAGGCUCUACAAAAGGCAGAAAGGUGGAGCACCGCGGCGCAACGGCCGCUACUAACGAGCAGAGUGAAUACAGUGAUCACUACUAACCAAAAAUCUUAGAUUUAAGCACGUAAAACACGCACGCGCACCCCUAUCCUCCCACACACUACUCCAGCAGCAGUAGUACCACGACUGGGCCAAACGACAAUCGGAAAAAGCAGGUCGCUUUGGAUGGAUGGGACCGGGUGUUUGUUGCGUUUGCGUUCGGUCGCAAUGAUUACUUCGUCUUAACUCGUCUAACAAUGCUUCCCCCCAUGAAUACAAGCUAUCCCCGCUUCACUAGCGUGGCGUGCCGCCAGUAAAUCGUGCGCCAGGUAUAGGAUAGACAUAAAGAUAAACACACACAGGAACGCAUAACAAUAAAACGUAGCGUAUUUAUUAAAAACCAUCAAUCGGGCACAUCGCGCCCAUGCGCGCUCUUUCCUUAGUCUAGGUUAUUUCAUCCCCCCUCCAC